GUAGGGUGGGCCUUGACUGACACCCCGGGAAAAAAACAGUGCCAACUGUUGAUUAAUUCUAGCUGAAUUUGUUUAGCUAACCGUUUGUAGAUUCCGGGAACCAGCAGCAGAGAAGACAGGCGGAGCUGCAGGUUCUCAGGUGCAGAAAACCAAAUACCAGUAGACGAGAGGACCAAUGCAGAAAGAGUGAGAGCAAUCGGGUCUCAGGAAAGGGGAGAGUUGAAGUUAUAACUGGCUGUGUCUCUGUCCUGUCUUUCUGUCACAGCUAAGUGACAGAGUUUCCCCAGACAGACCCAGGGUAAUUGGAACAGUGGAUUGAGGGAUCUGCAUGCAUGGUGAUCUCCGCCUCUGUGGGUGAUCCUCAGUCACCAUGAAAGACUAGGAACUCAGCUCUCCAAGGAAAAUGGCUUGUUCUGUAAAAUCCCUGCCCUGCUACCUGCUGUACAUCUCCAGCUGCCUCUGAAGGACCCAUCAGCUGUUUAUGGGAACUACCACUGUGUUCGCACAGGAUUUAAGCUUUUCCAGGACAACAUUUUUUUUUAAACCCCCUCUGUUGAGCAGAAGCCGCAACGCUUUGCAAUAGAGAGGGGAGGCGGCUAGACAAUGGCGAACAACUCGUACAGUGGAGUGAAGAACUCCAUGGUGGAGGCCAACCACGAUGGAGAGUUUGGCUGCACGCUCAAAGAACUGCGGUCCCUUAUGGAACUGAGAGGCGCAGAGGCGCUAAGCAAAAUCGGGGAAUCUUAUGGGGAUGUUCAAGGACUCUGCAACCGUUUAAAAACGUCGCCUGUAGAUGGUCUAAGUGGGCAGCCCGCAGACAUCGAGAAGCGGAAAACAGUGUUUGGGCAGAAUUUUAUACCUCCCAAAAAGCCCAAAACUUUCUUACAGUUAGUGUGGGAGGCGCUACAGGAUGUCACACUGAUUAUCCUAGAAGUGGCAGCCAUAGUUUCACUAGGCCUUUCUUUUUAUAAUCCAUCAGGUGCCCAAAGAGAAUACUGUGGAAAGGCUGCAGGCGGUGUGGAGGAUGAAAACGAGGCAGAGGCAGGUUGGAUCGAGGGUGCUGCCAUUCUCCUGUCAGUUAUCUGUGUGGUGCUGGUGACAGCAUUCAACGACUGGAGUAAAGAGAAGCAGUUUAGGGGCCUCCAGAGCCGAAUUGAGCAGGAACAGAAAUUUACUGUCGUCCGCGGAGGACAAGUUAUUCAAAUUCCUGUGGCUGAGAUUGUGGUCGGUGACAUUGCACAAGUAAAAUAUGGUGACCUCUUGCCCGCCGACGGAGUCCUCAUCCAAGGCAACGAUUUAAAGAUCGAUGAGAGCUCACUCACAGGGGAGUCAGACCAUGUCAAAAAAACACAAGAAAAAGAUCCAAUGCUGUUAUCAGGCACCCAUGUAAUGGAAGGCUCAGGGAAAAUGGUGGUCACUGCUGUGGGUGUUAACUCUCAAACUGGAAUUAUCUUCACUUUACUUGGGAGUACUGAGGAUGACGAUGAAGACGAAGAAGAGAAGAAAAAGGAAAAGGAGGAGAAGAAGAAACAGAGAAAAAACAAAAAGCAGGAUGGAUCUGUGGAAAAUCGUAAAAAAGCUAAAGCACAGGAUGGUGCUGCAAUGGAAAUGCAGCCUCUGAACAGUGAUGAGGGAGCUGACGCAGAGGAGAAGAAGAAAGCCAGCCUGCCAAAGAAAGAGAAGUCUGUUCUCCAGGGCAAACUGACCAAACUGGCUGUACAGAUUGGUAAAGCAGGACUGGUCAUGUCAGCCAUCACUGUUAUCAUCUUGGUGGUGUUGUUUGUAGUAGACAACUUCUGUAUCCAGAAACUGCCCUGGGUCAAGGACUGCGUGCCCAUUUACAUUCAAUUCUUUGUGAAAUUCUUCAUCAUUGGCGUCACUGUUCUGGUGGUGGCUGUUCCCGAAGGCCUGCCACUUGCUGUAACAAUCUCCCUGGCGUACUCUGUUAAGAAAAUGAUGAAAGACAACAACCUGGUGCGUCACUUGGAUGCCUGUGAGACUAUGGGCAACGCUACUGCCAUCUGCUCUGACAAGACUGGUACGCUUACCAUGAACCGCAUGACUGUGGUGCAGGCCUACAUCGCUGAAAAGCAUUUCAAGAGGGUCCCUGAACCCGAGAACAUUCCCUCCUCCAUAUUAGACAUCCUGAUUCUGGGCAUCGCAGUCAAUUGCGCCUACACUACUAAGAUUAUGCCUCCAGAGAAAGAGGGGGGCCUUCCACGGCAGGUGGGCAACAAGACCGAAUGUGCCUUGCUUGGCUUUUCUAAUGACCUGAAGCGCGACUACCAGGCUAUUCGCACUGAGAUCCCGGAAGAGAAACUAUACAAAGUCUACACUUUCAACUCAGUCCGCAAGUCUAUGAGCACUGUGUUGAAGAUGGCUGAUGGCAGCUACCGUAUGUUCAGCAAAGGGGCCUCAGAAAUUCUCCUUAAAAAGUGCUAUAAAAUUCUGACGGCAAAUGGUGAAUCCAAGGUGUUUCGCCCAAGGGAUAGAGAUGACAUGGUUAAGAAAGUGAUCGAGCCUAUGGCCUCAGAGGGCCUCAGGACCAUCUGCCUUGCAUACAGAGAUUUUGCUGCCUCUGAGGGUGAGCCUGACUGGGACAAUGAAAACGACAUCCUCACUGGUCUGACCUGCAUCUGCGUGGUGGGCAUUGAAGACCCCGUGAGACCCGAGGUCCCAGAUGCCAUCAGGAAAUGCCAGCGUGCCGGCAUCACGGUGCGGAUGGUGACUGGGGACAACAUCAACACAGCCCGAGCUAUUGCCACAAAGUGUGGCAUCCUACAGCCUGGAGAUGAUUUCAUCUGCCUGGAGGGGAAAGAGUUCAACCGAAGGAUACGCAAUGAAAAAGGAGAGAUUGAACAAGAACGCAUUGACAAGAUCUGGCCCAAACUACGAGUGCUGGCUCGCUCUUCCCCCACAGACAAACACACCUUAGUGAAAGGUAUAAUUGACAGUACAGUGGUAGAACAGAGACAAGUGGUAGCAGUGACAGGAGACGGUACCAAUGAUGGUCCUGCCUUGAAGAAAGCUGAUGUUGGCUUUGCUAUGGGUAUUGCCGGCACAGACGUAGCCAAAGAGGCAUCCGACAUUAUCCUGACCGACGACAAUUUUUCCAGCAUCGUCAAAGCUGUCAUGUGGGGACGCAACGUCUACGACAGCAUCUCUAAGUUCCUCCAGUUUCAGCUCACUGUUAACGUGGUGGCAGUCAUUGUAGCAUUUACAGGAGCCUGCAUCACACAGGACUCGCCACUGAAAGCAGUGCAGAUGUUGUGGGUCAACCUCAUCAUGGACACCUUUGCUUCGCUAGCCCUGGCCACAGAGCCCCCCACAGAAGCCCUGCUGCUCAGGAAGCCAUAUGGCCGCAACAAGCCCCUCAUCUCCCGCACCAUGAUGAAGAACAUCCUGGGUCAGGGGGUGUACCAGCUCAUCAUCAUCUUUACUCUGCUCUUUGCUGGAGAGAAAUUGUUUGACAUUGACAGCGGCAGGGAUGCGCCUCUCCACGCCCCACCUUCUGAACACUACACCAUCGUCUUCAAUACCUUCGUAAUGAUGCAGCUUUUCAACGAGAUCAACGCCCGCAAAAUCCACGGCGAAAGGAAUGUCUUUGAGGGCAUCUUCAACAACCCUAUCUUCUGUAGUAUCGUCUUGGGUACCUUCAUUAUCCAGAUCGUCAUAGUGCAGUUCGGAGGGAAGCCCUUCAGCUGCGUUGGUCUGACCAUCGACCAGUGGCUUUGGUGCACUUUCUUAGGCUUUGGCUCUCUACUGUGGGGACAGGUAAUCUCCUCGAUACCCACCAGCCGCUUAAAGUUCUUGAAAACGGCGGGUCACGGCACCCAGAAAGAGGAGAUCCCAGACGAGGAGCUGGAGGAGCUGGAGGACAUGGAUGAGAUUGACCACGCCGAACGGGAGCUUCGCCGCGGCCAGAUCCUCUGGUUCCGAGGCCUCAAUCGCAUCCAGACUCAGAUCCGGGUGGUGAAUGCAUUCCGCAGCUCCAUCUCCCUCUAUGAGGGGCUGGAGAAGCCCGAGUCGCGAACAUCGAUCCACAACUUCAUGACCCACCCCGAAUUUCGGAUAGAGGACUCUGAGCCCCAUAUUCCCCUCAUAGACGACACCGACGCAGAGGACGACGCUCCCACCAAGCGCAACUCCGCCAGCCCCCGCAAUGCCACGCCCACCCCGCCUUCACCCACGCCCACCCCAACUGCGCCAGUGUCUCCCUCACCAAACCAGAACAAUAACGCUGUGGAGAGCAGUAAUCACCUCCUCCCCGAGGGCUCCAAACCAGUAACCCCCUCGGCCCCAGGGAGCCCCCUACACAGCCUGGAGACCUCUCUUUGAUCUGACCCUCCCCCCCCCAACUCCCCCCCUCCCCGGCUCCACACGUCACCACCACUUUUCUGCCUGCCACCGAGGAGCUCAACUCAGACGAAAAGGAACGAACACUUGGAGUGGAGAGCCAGAAGGGGAGCGGAGUCUUGUGUGAGCUUGGCUUGGGCUGGACACAACGAACAGCAAACAUUCAGAGGAAUGUACGGCUUGGUGUGGAUGCUUUGGUCUUCUUUUAUUUUUGGUUCUUAUCAAUACCCCGCCUGCAACACGAGGACUCUCCACCCCCUCCCUUCUUGGUAACAUGUUCUUCUCGGUAAACAAGGGGUGAUUAUAAACUCAGAUUGAAAGUGACCUGUUUUUAUUAUUCUACUGUUGUUAUUAUUAUUAAUAAUAUUAUUAUUUUAAUAGAGAAGGGGAGGUCCUCCUCCUGGCUUGAAGAUCGUCUGUAAGAAUUAUGAAAGAACCUUUAGCUUCUCUUUUAUCUGAAUGGUGUUGUAUAUUUAUCUCUUUGGCCCUUGCUCAUUCAAAACUUAUUUCUGCUCCAUUGGCUGUUAAUAUUUUGAGUUAUUUAUGUUUUUGGAAAAAGCAGGUCUGUUUACAAAGUUUGUAGAUACUUUUUUUUCUGUUUGUAGGCAAAAGAGCUUCCUGAUGUAUGAUGCAGAAAACUGGGACAGAAUAAAAAAUGAAUGAGAGGAUUAUUUCAGAUACUGCUGUAUUUUCAGGAAAAAAAGGGUGUUUCUAUUGAAACUUAACUAUUUUUGCCUGCAAGUUUUAUUUGUUAUAUAUUUGUAGAUAAAUGUAGAACCUUCUAGCCAAACCGAUAAACACUAAGGCUUGUAUAGAAAAGAGGUCCAUGAGGUGUGGUGUUUUCACAGGAGACGGGACGGGAAAGACAAUUAGGACCUCUGUCCACUAACAUUGCUAUAAAUAUUUACUUCUUCCAUUUCUUCAAUAGUUUUCAUGUGCACAAAACCUUCUGGAGUUCUGGAUUCUCUUUUCAUUCAUUAUGUUGUGUUCAAGGAUUUCCAUAUGUUGAAAGGUUCACUCGUCAAAGGGAGUUAAGUAUACGUCUGGGCCCGUAUUUAGCAAGCAUCUCGGGAUGAUGCUGUAAGUUGGACUAGGAAACAAAGUCUUACCUCAGAGUCGGACAUGAGGUCCUUAUGAAGCCUCCUGCAGUCACAUUCGGCAGGAAGUAGAAGUUCUCCUUUUAGAUUUUUGUGGUUUUGCAACACUUUGGACUGUAAAAUGAAAAAUGUUCUUACGGUUAAUACUAGUUACAUUCAAAAGAGGCUGAUCGAGAUUAUUCGAUGUGGGAAAAUAAAAUAGCUCCACUUGUGGGUGUUAAUGCAUGUUUGGUCUAAAACUCAUAAAAGCACGAAAAUGACUGUUUUUUUUUUUUUUAAAUGACCUCUUGAGUUAAAACUUGAGCUUUAUUGCGAGCUAAUCAGCCAGUGCGACUGUUUAUUCUCAAUAAUUAGUUCAUUUAGAUAAAAUGUGAAUGUGCCUUGGCUACAAUAACAGUUUAGGAGAUGCUUUGUCCCAUCAUUUGCCACCUGCAGGUAGCUGUUAAUCCUACAGCUUAAACGUAGGACCAAAUAAGCCUCAUUCUGAUAAUCCUGGGCCAGUUAUGUUUGUCUCUUCGUGGGUGCUUGAUAAAUAUGGACCCUGGUCAUCAUUUGUAAAAAAGAAAAAAAAACAAAAAACAAAACGACAACAACAACAACAAAAAAAAAAACAAAACGAAAUUGGUGCGUUUAAUUUUUAUUUUUUAUUUUUUUCAGCAAAACAUUAGCCCCCCCUGCCAAUGUACAAUAUUGACAUUUGUUUACUCAGGCAUAGAAAAAGUGUUUCAUUUAAAUGGAAUCUAUAAAGAAACCUUUUAACUUCAGACUUUGUGUAUUUAGAUAGUAAAACAUUGUCUAAAAAGCAAGUGAAUUAUUUUCAUAUUUCAUUCAAUCUUUUCAGAUCACGCCUUAGGAAAAACUUAAUUUGACUCCUCCUAAUUCUCUUUAAAAAAAUCAAAAAUAAAGGAGGAAAAUGGCUUUUUUUUUUCCUUCUUCAACCCUGUCCAUAAGAAUAAAUGUUGCUGCAUUUGAUUUGUUUGUAAAGUAUUUUUGACACCUGAUAUACUGGAAACGCUAACGAAUUGGACAUGUGCAUUUUUCAAGAAUAAAGACUAGGCAUACACUGGUAUCUAUCUGCACAGGGUACUUUAUUUCAUAGCGUUCCUUGGGGAAAAAGAAUUUUGAUACAAAUCAUGUUAAACAAUUGUACCUUUGUAUUUUUAUGAGAAUACUGAUGAUACCUUUCAUCAUUCUAAACCAAUUUUGGAUGAUUUGACACCAAUAACGUUAUGUGGGGGGGUGGGGUCGGGGGGUUUGGCCACUAAAAUGUGUGUUGUUCUGGAAUAUUCAUCUCAGGGUGCAAAUGGUGUGAAAGAGAACAGGCCUCUUUUUAGUUUGUGUAUUACCACACUUAAUUCAAUGUUUGGGACGGUGUUUGUCAGCCGCACAGGAUGACUCGGGCAGCAAGCUGCAGGUUGUUCCCGCAUUGUUCCCUCUGGCCGUCCUCGCCUGAGGGGCCGUGGACAGGGGAAGGAAGUGGAGAUAUUAGAAUCACAAUGUUCUCUCUGAGGAAAUGGUUUAUUUUCCUUGUUUUACAGAUGACAAAAUAGCAGCUAGGAUUGCAUACAAAGUGAGAAAUCGAAAAGACGGAAUCCAUAUGAGGAGUUUGUUCUGUAGCUUCUUCCUGUAAUGGGAAUGAAUGUUUUUCCAUCUGUUUUAUGGAUUAUUAUUUUUUUAUCUUUUAACAUUUGGAAAUAAAAGUACUUCAUGUCUGUUUAUCUUGAGCAUUUUAAAUGGAUAUCGUGAUUGGAUUUACAUUUGAAACUUGUCGAGUAAUGUGUAUGGUUUUUAAAAAUAAAAAAUGUAUUUAGCCUAA